ACCAAAAAAAAACUCAGCAGCCUUUCGGAGAUCUCAAGGCCACCCUACAAACCUCUCGACAAAUUCUAUAUUGCAUCAAAAACCAGUCUUUCUCAAUCUCCGUAUCGAAUUGAGAAGAAUUUGGUUUGAGACUAUGGCCGCAACACCCAUCUCUCUGUCCACCCACUGCUGUUCUUCAUCUUCCGCUUAUUCCAAUUCAUCCUCUAUUUGGUCUCACCAAAAUCCCAAUUUUCCGUUUCCUGCCGCUUCUCCUAAACCCAAAUACGCUUCUCUGCAAUUCAAGGGCAACGCUUUUCCUAAUGUUGUUUUCAUGCAAGAUGGUGCUUUGGCUGCAACAGUUGCUGGAUUGGAAAAUGAAGCUCCUUCGAAAAAUUUGAAAGACGGGCUGACGUCGGUUGCAACGCCUAAGGAGAAGAAUCAGAUUGGUAAUUUUGAUGUUAAUGAUGAUAAAUCAACUGUCAGCAUUACUGUUGUAGGCGCCUCUGGGGAUCUUGCAAAGAAGAAGAUAUUUCCUGCUCUUUUUGCACUAUACUAUGAGGAUUGCCUACCUGAGCAUUUCACUAUCUUUGGUUAUGCCCGUAGUAAGAUGACAGAUGCUGAAUUAAGAGAGAUGGUUAGCAGGACUCUUACUUGCAGAAUUGACAAGAGGGAAAAUUGUGGUGAAAAGAUGGAGCAGUUCCUUCAAAGGUGUUUCUACCACUCUGGUCAAUAUGAUUCUCAGGAGAAUUUUGCUGAGCUUGAUAAGAUACUGAAGAAGCAUGAGGCUGGUCGUGUAUCAAAUCGGCUAUUUUACUUAUCCAUCCCACCAAACAUUUUCGUAGAUGCUGUGAAAUGUGCUAGUCUCUCUGCCACUGCUUCUGCUGGCUGGACUAGGGUCAUUGUUGAAAAACCAUUUGGCCGGGAUUCUGAAUCCUCUGCUGCUUUGACUAAAUCUUUAAAGCAAUACCUGACCGAGGAUCAGAUUUUCAGGAUAGAUCACUACCUAGGAAAGGAGCUUGUGGAGAAUCUCUCUGUCCUUCGCUUUUCCAAUCUUAUUUUUGAACCCUUAUGGUCGAGACAGUACAUAAGGAAUGUUCAAUUGAUAUUUUCUGAAGACUUUGGCACUGAAGGAAGGGGAGGCUACUUUGACCACUACGGAAUCAUGAGAGACAUAAUGCAAAACCAUCUGCUCCAAAUACUGGCCCUCUUUGCCAUGGAAACACCUGUCAGUUUGGAUGCCGAAGAUAUUAGAAACGAAAAGGUUAAAGUUUUGCGUUCCAUGAGGCCUAUAAGAGCUGAUGAUGUUAUCAUAGGGCAGUAUAAGUCUCACACGAAAGGAGGUGUCUCAUACCCGGGAUAUACUGAUGACAAAACUGUUCCCAAGGACAGUUUAACCCCAACUUUUGCUGCUGCUGCACUUUUCAUAGAUAAUGCAAGAUGGGAUGGCGUGCCGUUUUUAAUGAAAGCUGGAAAAGCUUUACAUGAUAAAAGGGCUGAAAUAAGGGUGCAGUUCAGAAAUGUUCCUGGUAAUUUAUACAACCGAAGCUCUGGGACUGAUCUCGACCAAGCAACGAAUGAGCUUGUGAUCCGGGUUCAGCCUGACGAAGCUAUUUAUUUAAAGAUUAAUAACAAAGUCCCUGGACUAGGAAUGAGAUUAGACCAAAGCAAUCUCAAUCUUCUUUAUAAAGCAAGGUACUCAAAGGAGAUACCUGAUGCGUAUGAGAGACUUCUACUGGAUGCUGUUGAAGGCGAGAGGAGGCUCUUCAUCAGGAGUGACGAAUUAGAUGCUGCGUGGGCUCUCUUCACCCCUGUGUUGAAGGAUCUCGAAGAAAACAGAAAAGUCCCCGAGUAUUAUCCUUAUGGAAGUCGAGGACCUGUAGGGGCCCAUUACCUUGCAGCCAGAUACAACGUUAAGUGGGGCGAUCUUGGGGUUGAUGAAUAGCAUCUUAGUCUAUGACUGUAAUAUGUACUUCACUAGUCACAGCUUCACGCAGCUCUCAUUUGCGCGAUUUGUUUUUUCGCUACUUUACAAGAUUCGAUUUUUGAUUUGGUUGAGGAGAAAGAAAUGUAGAUUGUAUCUUGUUAUCGACAUGUAUACCAUUGGAAGGAAUAAACUUGAAUAAGCUAGGAAUUCCAGAAAACCAGAUGGUUAAUGAAAAGUUUUCAGAUUAUCCA